CCAAUUCCAAGUCUAAAGCAAUGAAACAUUUUAUACCGUUUGCUUUCACUUCCAUUGAAGCAGUCAGCGGCGGAGAUGAACCAAGUGGAGGAGACGAUGAGUUACGUUUACAAGAACCCAAAUGCGCCUAUAGAAGAUCGAAUCAAAGACCUUGUUUCUCGGAUGACCCUGCAAGAAAAGGUCGGUCAAAUGACCCAAAUCGAGCUCUGUGUUGCUACUCUUGACGAUGUCAGAAACCUCUCCAUCGGGAGUAUGGUCAGCGGUGGAGGGAAAGAGCCUUUAGAGAAAGCAAUGGCAUCCGAUUGGGCCGAAACGAUUGACAGGUUUCAGCAGGCAGCAGUUGAUUCCAGGCUUGGAAUACCGCUUGCCUAUGGGAUCGAUGCGGUUCAUGGUAACAACCGGUUCUAUGGUGCCACUAUAUUCCCUCACAAUAUUGGCCUUGGAGCCACAGGAGAUGCAGAUUUGGCUCAAAGGAUCGGGGCUGCAGUAGCUCUUGAAGUCAGGGCAAGUGGCAUUCACUUCAACUUUGCUCCCUGUGUCGCUGUAUGCAGAGAUCCUAGAUGGGGAAGAUGCUACGAGAGUUUUAGUGAAGAUACUAACAUUGUUAGAAAGAUGACUUCCAUUAUUACAGGUUUACAGGGACAGCCACCAGUGGGACAUUCGAAGGGCUAUCCUUUUGUAGCUGGCAGAUACAAUGUUAUUGCAUGCGCCAAGCAUUUUGUUGGAGAUGGGGGUACAGAAAAGGGUAUAAAUGAGGGAAAUACUAUAUCAUCAUACGAUGAGUUAGAGAGCAUCCACAUGGCACCUUACCUUGAUUGUCUUUAUAAGGGAGUUUCAACAGUUAUGGCAUCUUAUUCUAGUUGGAAUGGAUGUAAACUUCAUGCUCAUCAUUUCCUCUUGACAGAAAUUUUGAAAGGCAAACUAGGUUUCAAGGGUUUUCUGAUUUCGGAUUGGAAAGCACUUGACAGACUUAGUGAACCAAGAGGCUCAAACUAUCGUCGUUGUGUGUAUACUGCCAUUAAUGCUGGAAUUGACAUGGUGAUGGUGCCUUAUCGGUAUAAGCAAUUUAUUGAAGACUUGAUAUCCCUGGUAGAAUCGGGGGAGAUACAGAUGACCAGGAUAGACGAUGCAGUUGAAAGAAUACUGAGAGUGAAGUUUGUUGCUGGUCUUUUUGAAUAUCCCUUCUCUGACAGAUCUUUGCUAGAUACCAUUGGCUGCAAGCUGCACAGGGAACUAGCCCGUGAAGCUGUUCGCAAGUCCUUAGUUCUAUUGAAGAAUGGAAAGAAUCCAGGAAAGCCUUUCCUUCCAUUGGAGAAAAAUGCAGAAAGGGUUCUUAUUGCCGGAACUCAUGCUAACAAUCUUGGAUACCAGUGCGGUGGUUGGACACGUUACUGGCAAGGAAGCAGUGGCAGGAUUACAACUGGCACAACAAUCUUGGACGCAUUCAGGGAAGUCAUGGGAGAAAAAACAGAGGUGAUUUAUGAAAAGUAUCCUUCGCCAAACACCUUGUCUGGGCAGAAUUUCUCUUUUGCCAUUGUAGGAGUUGGUGAAGAACCAUAUGCAGAGUCUGCAGGAGACAAUUCAGAGCUAGUAAUCCCCUUAAAUGGAAGUGAGUUAAUAAGCACAAUUGCUGAUAGAAUCCCCACAUUGGUGAUCCUGAUAUCUGGGAGACCCUUGGUUAUAGAACCAUGGCUUUUGGAGAAAAUGGAUGCUCUAGUUGCUGCUUGGUUACCAGGAACGGAGGGAAGGGGAAUCACCGAUGUAGUAUUUGGAGACUAUGAAUUUGAGGGUCGAUUACCAAUGACAUGGUUUAGGACAACCGAAGAGCUGCCAAUCAACAAAGGAGACAAUUCAUGUGAUCCUUUGUUUCCCCUUGGCUUUGGAUUGACAUAUAAGAAGGAGAACCUACAGAGUAAAUGAUUUUCAUGGCCCAUGUCAGCAGUGCCAAUGCUCUUUUCUUUUUUAAUAAUCAAGGCAUAAACACCUGGCCCCUUAGCAAAGUUUAUCAUUGAUUUUUCCAUUUUGGACUUUGUCUUGAAAGGCUUGCCCCAUGAAUGAACUCAGCCACUUUGUUGUGGCACUUCAAUCUCUCACAGUUCCCAAGUCACAAUUAUGUCAGUAAUCAUGUCUAGGGGCCUGUCUCUCCUUUUUCUUGAUAGUGAUUUGUGGGUGUUUUCACUGGCGUAAAUCAAGUUUGAUUUCUUAA